CACAGCAGCAGACGGCUGUAGAGUUUAGUAGUUCGUGUCAUGCGUUUUUACGGUAUUAUGUUGCGUUUUCUGUGUAAUAUAUGAGUGAUUUGAUGGUGGAGACAGGACAUCACGGAAAGACGCAUAUUGAGUAUGUGGAUUAGGAGAGCACUCAUGGACUCCAAGGGAACUACUUGGCUGAAAAAAGAGAAGAAUGAAGUAUAUGCUGAACUAGGCUCCUUGGUUCAGUUACACACAUCUACCAUGAAAGUAAAAGAAGAAUUGGAUGAGCAAGUGAGCAAACAGCACUAAACUCCAAAUACUGGAAGUCUGAAGGAAAUUGAAGAGGAUGAUCUGCAAGAUACCCUUUUCAGUCAAGUUAUUAUUGUCACAGGGAUGUGUCCAUAAUGGUUAAGGUGGCAGCCCAUAAAAGUGCAAGAAAUCCAGGUAUAACUUAUCAGCGCAGUUUCUUCAAGAUCCACCAAGGAUUGUAAUGCCUAGUCUUCUUAUAAAGCAAGACCUAGAACUGAAACGGGAUUUAGAUGGCGUUGAGCAUGAUUGUCUUGAAGAUAAUUUGGUAAUCUCUCGGCCAAAUGAUUUUAUAAAGGAGGAUCCUGAACUAAAUUUGGAGGUGGCAGCCUCAAUAAGAAAUGCAUCUGAUAGUUUAAGUUUCAUUCAAAGUCCUGGUGACAGCUGUAACGUUUCGUCUCAAGAAGCAUUACAUCAAGGACUAGUCAAUGACGAUCUGGAGAUAGAUACAGAGAUGACAACAGAUAUCAGUAUGUCUCACAACUAUACAAAGUUACAGACUUCACAAGAAGACAGCUUAUGUGGCACGAGAUUAAGUUGUAGCGUCAGGGAAAAGGAAUUCCAUAAGUUUAACUGUAGUUUCUGCCUACAGAGCUUCCCUUCAAAAUACAGACUAAUAAUGCAUGUCUUCAUCCACAUUGAUGGUGUGCAGGCACCUGCAUAUGUGUGUAAGUCAUGUGGUGAGGUAUUGCCCACUGAUGACAGCUUGAAAGAACAUUUGAGAAUGAGUGAGGGUGACCAAGCAUUAUCAGCUGCCAACAGUGAGAAACUUGAAUGCAGUGAGGACCAUGAAAACAUCAUCUCCAUAGAAAGUGUACAAGAAGAAAUCGUGGAACAGACUGAGAAGCAAUCUUCAUCCAAGGAAACCAGGAAAACUUUAAGGAAAUCCUUUAGUGACAUAUGGAAUACACAUACUGUGACACAAGUUGCAGAGAAACUCAGAUGUGAUGACUAUGGAAUUAUGUGUACAAGUGAUCAUCUUAAUGUCCACACUGUGCUAAGUGCAAAAAGACAUCACAAAUGUGAUAGUUGUGGUAAAUUGUUUACUCGUUCGGGCAGUCUCAAGGUACACGAAUUAAUACACACGGGAAAGAGACCCCACAAAUGCCGUGUUUGUGGAAAAUCGUUUACUCAGUCGAGCACUCUCAGGACACAUGAAUUAAUACAUACAGGAAAGAGACCCCAUGAAUGCGGUGUUUGUGGAAAAUCGUUUACUCAGUCGGGCAGUCUCAAGACACAUGAAUUAAUACAUACAGGAAAGAGACCCUACAAAUGUACUGUUUGUGGCAAAUCGUUUAUUGGUUUGGGGAAUUUCAAGGUACAUGAAUUAAUACACACGGGAAAGAGACCGCACAAAUGCCGUGUUUGUGGAAAAUCGUUUACUCGGUCGAGCAGUCUCAAGACACACGAAUUAAUACAUACAAGAAAGAGACCCCACGAAUGUGGUGUUUGUGGAAAAUCGUUUACUCAGUCUGGCUAUCUCAAGACCCAUACCUUAAUACACACAGGAAAGAGAUCCUACAAAUGUACUGUUUGUGGCAAAUCGUUUAUUGGUUCGGGCAAUCUCAAGGCACACGAAUUAAUACACACGGGAAAGAGACCCUACGAAUGCUGUGUUUGUGGAAAAUCGUUUACUCAGUUGGGCAAUCUCAAGACACACGAAUUAAUACAUACAGGAAAGAGACCCUACAAAUGUACUGUUUGUGGCAAAUCGUUUAUUGGUUCGGGCAAUCUCAAGGCACAUGAAUUAAUACACACGGGAAAGAGACCCCACGAAUGCGGUGUCUGUGGAAAAUCGUUUACUCAGUCGGGCCAUCUGAAGACCCACAAUUUAAUACACACAGGAAAGAGACCCCACUAGUGCGAUGUUUGUGGAAAAUCUUCUACUGAGUCGAGACAUCUCAAGAGUCACUGAUAAAUACACACUGGUAAGAGACCCUACUACUGUAAUGUUUGUGAAAAUCGUUUAUUCGUUCGGGCAAUCUCAAGGCACACGAAUUAAUUCACACAGGAAAGAGACCUCACGAAUGCAAUGUUUGUGGAAAAUCGUUUACUUAGUUGAGCCAUCUCAAGAGGCAUUUGUUGACACACAAAAAAGACCCUACAAAUAUAGUGUUUGUGGUAAAUCGUUUCCUCGAAGAGGCAGUCUCAAGCAACAUGCAUUAAUACACACUGAACAGGGACCACACAAAGUCAAUGUUGGUGGCAAAUCGUUUUCAGAACUGGGUCAUCUAAAAACACAGAAAUUAAUACACACAGGAAUGAGCCCCUACAAAUGAUACUUGUGGCAAAUAUUUUUCUUAUUCUGGUAAUCUCAAGGAGUCAUUAGUACACACCAGUAAAUGACCACGCAAAUGUAGUAUUUAUGGCAAAUUUUAUAAAAACUCGAGUAACCUCAAGAAACAGCUAUCACUACACACUGAAAAAAAGGCUACACAGAUGUGAUAUUUGCUGGGAAUCUUUUACUCUGGCCUAGCAUAUUUAGAAGCAUCCAAUAAUACACAUUACAUAGAGACCACUUGAAGUAUUGUUGAGGUCUGUAGAUUUAAACAUGUUCAAAGGAGACCACAAGUAUGUUAUGAAUAUUGUUUGCAUGUGCUACAGAAAGGUCACAAAAAAUAUGACAAAUCCGUUUUCACAGCUUCAUGUUCAAAGACGUUGCAUACUAAAUACAAUAUAUUAAGCACACAAUUGCAAUUUUUGGUUGUAAAUGCUCCAUGCUAUAACGAUCUGUCUACCAGAAAUUGGUGCAUUGAGAGAUAUGUUACUCGUUUGAGUAGAAGUCCUAUGCAGUAAUCACGACUCCAUAUUCUUCAAGAGAAUUUACCAGUAUGUUGCUAAUUAUUUGAAAGAGACUGCCAUUUCAAUAUUCAUGAAGCUGUAGGCAGUACCCAGGCGACAGCAUAAAUGUGUUUAUUACACGUCCAUCACUCAGGCUAUUUUUCUCAACGAUGGAGAAAGACACAAGAAUAUCAUGAUUAUGCAAACAUGUUACUGAGGUAUGCCUCCUUAAUAGUAAUGCUAUUUGUGUGAUCAAAAUUUGCACACAUGUGAACUAUCUGUGCUACUUCUACAUUAGGAAAUAACUGAUGGUGGUAAGAAUGCAGAGAUCAGGCAAAAAUAGCACUUUCAGACUGCAAUACAACAGUGCUUCUGUAUGGAUAGACUCAUUAGUUCUCUGUUAGUUUUCCACUAGUAAAUUGGACUAUAUUUCUACACACACCUCACACAGUUCCCAUUUACUGCAGGCUAUCAGUUUGUUGCUGUGUAGUUGGUGUGCAAUAGCAUCCCAAAUUCGUUUCACAAUGAUCUAAUGAGGUGGGAAAGAUAAGUGUGAGCUAUCAUGAUGCUCAAACUAUUGCAGUGUGAUUCUGACCUUGUGAUUGUGACCAGGGAAUACAUAAACCAUUAAGUGACACUGAGGUUGCAAUUAUGUUCGUGAUCUCCACAUCUGUCAUGGUGCUUCCAAUUAUGACCAGCUGUUUCUUGGCGUCUCAUAUGAAUAUCCCCCAUAGCAUGACAUUGCACCCAUCUUUCUGCACCUGUUGUGUUGUGCAUUUGUUGAACGACUGUUCAUCUGGAUGAUGGCACAUCUGGGCACAACCAUUGACCUGGUCCACAAGAAAUGUCACUUAUCCCAACACGUGACAAAUCUUUAUUGGUAUGUAGUCCAAUCUCAAUUAUCCCAUUUGUAUUACUAUAGUAACUGACAAUGUUGUUAGAUCAACAUGGGAAUACAAAGCUGUUAUAUAACUUGGCGCCUCAUGUUCAACAGUGUCUGCUGAAUAGCUUGAAACUCUUGUGCCUGCUCAAGCAUUUUCUCCUGUCUCCACAGAUUGCCAUCAGUCCCACUAUACAGAGCAGCUAGGUUCUGAUCUCCUUGUUCUAGGUAAUGCAUGGUAAUCCUACAACCUUUUGUCAAAUUGUGGAUAUACCAUCUUUCAACGAUGUUCCAUAGAGGCUAAUGAUAGAAGCAUCUGAGCAGCCAACCAGAUUCACUGUUUUUUAGAUGCACUUACCCAAGCACCAGGCAAAACCAUCUGCUCUUUGGCAAAGUUAUUUAUGCCAGUUUUUUUACACAUACUGUAACUAGAAUGAUCACCCAUUCAUUGCUGGUUAUAUAGUUUCGUUACUACUUGACAUAACCGAAAUGCCAGUGGGUAGCACACGCUCCUCCUAGGGAAGUGGGUAUAAUGAUUUGGAACAACAGUGUAUCUUGACACAAAAGGAUCUUUUGGUAAAUUGUGUAGUAAUUCAAAUUUUCAUGUUUCGUUAAAUUUUAUGCCAAUACACUAUUGUCAGUUUAAGUGCCAUAUUUCUUGUGAAAAAUAUUUGUAUGAAAAAUCCCUGUACAUAAUUCUGAUUAAAUGAAGAUUAAUUUUAUGCA